CAAGAUGGCGGACGAACAUCUCUUCAUAACACUAACUUCCGUUUAAUGAAAAUGGAAAGUUCUGAGGGACAAGACCUCAAUAGACUAAAGCCARUACUAGCUGCAGGGUCUGUUUGUUUGUUCUUCUUCACUUUCCAGUUUUUUAGGUAUAUUUCUAUUCUUAUUGGGAUAUGGAUAUUAGCUGCUGGUAUCGGAGGAGGCUACAUUCUUUUCAGUUAUUUCUCCAGCAUUCCAAGUCUACUUAUCAACCAUAGACCCAGAGAAAAGGUUGUUUAUGAAGAUGAUGAAAAGUUGUUAGCACCUAAAGGAUGUACAAUAUGUGGAAAUUCUAGAUGUCAGAGACACAGACCAGAAAUAGCAAGAAUAAAAAUACAACCCUGGGUUGAUCUUAAUAUACCAGAAUCUGUAGAUAUUGCUCUGGAUGAGUUUCUUUGCCUGGUUCUUAAGAAUUUUGUGUAUGGUUGGUACAGUGAACUGAGUUCAGAUGAUACAUUUGUGGAUGAGCUUCGCAGUAGCCUGAGAUAUAUAGCAUCUGUACUUGUCAGAAGAGUUAGAAAGAUUGACAUUACAAGCCUUGUAACAGACAAGCUAAUCAAGGAGGGCAUCAAACACUUUGAUCUUUAUACCAGAGCUAAAGACAAAGUUGAACAGAAUGAAGGUUCUCAUAACCCAUCAUCUGUCAUUAAGUACCUAGAAUCAGACAUGCAUUGUGCACUAUUCAGCAGAUCCAUGGAGCUACAGUACCUGAGAAAACUUGCUGAUGGUGCAUUACCUCAUCUACUCCCCCAUCACUCAUUGGAUUGCAGGAGUCUCAUAGUACUAUUGAGAGAACUUCUAUCUGGAGUUGUUCUUCUAACACUAAUGGACAAGCUAUCAGAUCCAAUGGUUGCUUCUAAUCAGCCUCCAUCGUCUAAGGUUCCAUUUCUCAAGAACUUUGCAAGACCUCGAGCUCCAAUAAGGAAUUCUGCUCUGUAUUUGUCACUUGGUGAAAUUCUUCAUUCGCAAACAGCUCUCUUUCCGUUCAUGCAAUUCAUGAGGAAAGAAGCUUCGCUUAAUGUAUUACAAUUCUGUUUAACUAUAGAGGAUUUUAAUAAAAGAUUUUUCGCKCCUAAUCUCUGCCUGGAGGAGGAGCAGUCCUUGAUGAAGGAGGCAAAGGAAAUGUAUAAUAGUUAUUUUGAUAUUAAUGCAGUAGACAGAAUCAACUUUGAAACCAAUGUUGUUGAAGGACUGAAAAAAUCUAUUGAUGCCCCUGUCAACAAGAUGGAACGAUUAAAAAUGGCUGCUCUGGCAUUAAAGAAGAAGUUUGAUCCCUUAGCGGAAUUUUCUAAACUUGCUGGAAAAAUUAAACAUAAAGUAUUGAAUCCUGUUCGAGAUGAUUUAGCUCCUUAUUCUGAAGAAGAUCCAUACGAUAUGGUAGACAUUCCUUCGGGGGAGUUUGCAUUAGAUAGCGAUGAGGAAAACGGGACUACUAUGGUGAAAGAAGAAAUGCGAGACUUGAGUACCUGGAAGAUUACCAUCCCACACGUCAUAAUGGAGAGUAAAUACAAAUGCAUCUACAUAAUAUCAAUCGAAAGACCUGAUGCUAAAGACGGCGAAGAAAGGCGUUGGGAUGCUGCAAGACGCUAUAAAGAAUUUUAUGUUUUGCAAAGCAAACUGGAGGAAUUUCAUGGGGAGAUCGAAGAUUCCAGUUUACCCAUCAAGCAGAACAGCUCCAGGUUAACCAACGCGAAGAAACCUUCCACUUAUUAUGAGUCAUGUAGAGAACAGUUUGAACGAUACCUACAGGUUUUAGCAAAGAAUGAUCUCGUGAAGGGAAGUGCUUUAUUGUUUAACUUCUUGUCACCAAACAAAGAGUUCACCAACAUGUUUGAAUCAAAGAAUAGAAAAGGGAACUUGGCAGGAAUGACGAUCAAGUCCAUGGCAACAAUGUUUACAAAAGAGAAAGGUCAAAACAUUGAUCCUUUUUUACAAGCUUUCCUGACGUCCAUUGAAGAGCCUUCGAAACCAAGCCCACCGAGAAACCGAUCUGUAGAUGCUGGAGUACAAGUACAUACCGGUGACUUUGACAGAAAAGAUUGCUAUCCAAGGAGAAAGAAGAGCUCAAUCAGCAAGCCAGCCUUGAGGAUGGACAAUAAAAAUGGAGUACCUGCUCUGGGUUUGAAUGGCGUUACAGAUUAUAUUUUAUUUGCCGCUGAGCGGCUUCUUAAGCUUCCAAGUUGGAUGCUACACGUGUUAUCAAGUUUUAAGAUUGUCGGUCAACAGACUCUGGAUUCAUUCGCUCACAAUUAUCUAAACACCAAGGUAGAUCUACUGAAGGACGAGUAUCGUAUGGUCAUGAUAAUCCACCUGCUGCGAGAUGCUAUUUUCUUCGACCAAGAGCCUCCAAGAACUGAUGUCGAUAAGCUUGAACGACGCGAACAGACGCUCAAAGAAAUGAAGGAAUUUUUACCAGACGGACUUGUUCGUGUGAUAGGGGCAGACAGGCACGAGUCUGCUAUGAACUUACUACUGGAACUYUUCCAACACCCGAAACUCAACAAACAGCUUGCGUAUGUUCUUCUGGACGCCAUUAUUGAAGAAGUAUUCCCUGAAUUGAACCAAGAAGACAGUAAUGACGAUAUGAAUGAUGUCUUCUAUCACGUCUAGAACUAUGAUGUUUGUUGGUGGGUCCUUUACUCUAUAUAAUGUAAUAUAAUGAUAAUGAAAUAUAAUGAUAGCGCUGAUAAUAAUGUUGAAAAUGAUGCAUGAUGAUAAUGUGAUGAUGAUGUAUAAUAAUGAUUUAAGAUAAUAACGUAUGAUGAUGGCGUACGAUGAUGACA